AUGCCUGCCAUUACAAGAUCCAAAUCUCCUUGCAAGGCAUCGACCGAUCAAAACCGAGCCUCCUCCGCCGCAGAUACCUCCAAAAACGUCGCACCGGUCGCAAAUAAGAAAGCACCUGCAAAGGAAGCUAUAGCUGGUGCUAACAAUGCACUUUCCGAUGCCAUGGUUCCAGCCUUGGCGCCGCUCUCUCCUUCCAAGAGAAAGAGAAGCUCAAAGACUCUCAAUGGUGACGAAGGGAUUGGCGCGAAACCUUCUUCUGAGCCUUUGAAGAGAACACGGGUUGAGAAGAGUGAUGCUUCUCGUUCCCACCCAACAAGUGGUCAACCUGAUUUGGCUGCAACAACCUAUCCUCAAGUAGAGAGGGUAAUCCUUGGUCUUGAAGUCACACCAGUAUUUGGCGCUACUGGUGGUGCUCCCAAGGAGGGUCUUGAUGCUGCCGCAUCAACUCCCACAUCCUCUCCAAAGUCCGUCGAAACCACGGCCGCCGCUCCAGUUUUGGACGGCGAAGAAAAUGGUGUCAUGGCAAAGGCUCCAAUUUCUGCGGCCACUGUUGCAGCUGGCCAAGUCGAUGACGAGACUGUCCUUGAGCAACAUUCAACUCACCCCGCUGCCGAUCCUGCAGACCCUUUGACUGCCAACGAGGCAGAAGCCCAUCUUCCUGCUGCAACUCAGGGUUGCUCUGCGAGCGAUCGUGAGAUUGCUAAAGAGGAACUUGAUGCCCCAAAGAUCGGAUGCAAGUGUGAUAAGCUUGCUACCAAAGAUCAAAAGAUUGCUCAGCUGAAAGCUGAUUUACGUGAAACUAAAGCUGAUUUACGUGAAAGCCAAGCUGAUGUGGAUAGAGCUAAAGCUGUAUUCCAGAGGGAGUACGAAGCUGCGGUUAGAGAGACAGAUGCUAUUGAGAUCAAGGAACAGAGAGCUCAGAAGGAGAAUAGCAGAUUGAAAAAAGAAUUGGAACGCGUUUUAGAGUCAAAUCAUGAGCUCCGAAGUGAUAGAAACCGAUUUUCUGCACAAAUCCGAGAGCUUUCUCAACAGUAUGACGGUUUGAAGAGAGAGAACGAGCAACUCUCCCAGAAAAACGGGGUGCUCAUGGAGGACAUUAACAAAUUUCAUAACGCCCUCGAUGUUUUCAAUUCGCAAGCUCCUCUCUUGACCUCGGAUCAAGAAGAACUCAAGCGAACCAGGAAGCUUCUUAAGGCCGCAACAGUGAAGGUAGCGGAAUAUGAGGGUGAACACCAGGAUGCAGAGCGUUUUUUCGCUGCACGUAAGGUAGUUAAGAGCAUCGAACCAGUCGAUCCAGCUCAAGGAGGCAUGUCCCACGAUAAUCAUAACCGUGAGGAACAAGCCCAGGAAAAUCGCUCCCGGGAUUUUCGCACACCAACUCCCGACAACAAUAGUGGAAUGAAAGGCGCUCAAAAGUCUCAACCAACUUCCGGUUUAGUCGGCUUUCGGGAACCACCUAGAUGGGAAUGUCGUCAUGACCGUGGUUUCGACGGAAAUACCUGUGCCCACUGUGGCGUCCACGUUCUCUUCGACGGUCAUCCCGAGUUUGAUCGUGAUAGAUCCAUUGCUCCUGCAGAUGAAUCACUAUUCGAUUCCAGUGAUGAAGGAGAGCGCGACCGUGAGAGCGCUUCUUAUGAACCAGCAGAAGCUGUUAUCAAUACCCAGGAUGGAUUCCAACAGGGUGGUUCCCCGGACCUCCCUGGCAAGGAAGAUCAUGAAGACGACGGCGAGGAGGAUGGAUCUCUGGAUGGCGUUUCUCCUGUCGCCUCUAGCAAUGUGGAUAAAGAAAACGACGAGGACGAUGAACCUCAGUUUCUCGGUUCACGUGUCCUCUCUGGCAAUGGGGAUGAAGAAAACGACGAGGAGGAUACAUCACAGUAUGAAACACCCCCUGUCUUACCUGACUACGAGUAUUAUGAGAGUCAAGAUCAACAGGAUCAUCAGGAACCUCCUCAUCAUGCUGCAGAAGUUGAAAAGACUACUGCUGCCCCUUCCGACUCGCUCACCUCUCCCUCUCCUUCUCCUUCCAGGAAGAGAAAAGAAAGUCCCGUCAGCGCAUCGAGCCCUGCCAAGAAGGUCAAGGUAACCGAAAUCGAUUUGGCUGGUCCUAGUAGUACUGCUGCACCAGAUAAGGCCAGUUUCUUCAAGCCUGCACAUCCAGGCUGGGGAUCCCCAAGCGUUCUUUCACCACAGGUUGCUGUCACUGCUCCAGCACCUUCAACUCCAUCUUCAGCAAGUGAGCGCACCACAGCAGCACCCUUAUUUCCGACUGUCAUCACUCGUUCUGGAGCUGCAGUCCAAUUUGGAGCUGCGACAACCUUUGGUGCCUUUGGUGCCGCUCGUUCUUCUGCUCGCUUUGGAACUACCAACUCAUUCGGAGUUCCAGCCUUCGCUGCUUCUCCUAAGGUGGAUGAUGCUGAAGAUAAGCCAGCUGAUGAAAAGAAGUAA